ACACGUAGGCCACGCCCUGUCCCAGGCGGAAGUAAGCAAUGCAGCGAAAUGUUAUUUAUCUAAUUUACUUUCACAAUCGUUACCUGUGCGAGAAGCUUUAGAUCUAUAUCAUUUUUUACGUGUUUACUGUGUGAAAGAAGACACGCAGUGAGUGAAAGCGGCAUUUUGAAUAAAGUAACGGUUUUAUGUAAUUUUUUUUUUUUUUUUGCUGGAUCAUCACGAGACGGAAAAGCAUGUGAUAUUGUGCAGACAGCUGUAUUGGGUGUAAGGGAUGAUGAUUGGACUGAAACCUGGAUUUGCUCGUGUUAAAGGCACAUUGAAAGCGUGAUCGAUUGAUGCUGCUAAAAUGGUUCAUGUGUACAACUGCCACCCGUUUGCGUCUCAGCGGAUCGUCCCGGCGGAGCAGGAGCCCGGGCUGGUGUGCUGCGGCGGCGGCACGCUGUUCGUUGUCUCCGCUGGAGGAUGCAGGAUCGAGGCGUAUCGCAUGGAGCAGGAGGAAUGUCCUCUCAUCUGCCGCUUUUCCACCAUGGGAUUAGUGCACAGCAUCGUGUACAGUCACAUCGGGGAUUACCUGGUUACCAUAGAGGAGAAAAAUGGUGCCACAUACCUGAGGGCCUACACAAACUGGCGCUACCAAGCAGCUGAGAGGAAGCGUGUUGGUGUUCGCUUGCUCGGACACCUCAUGCGUGGCUCGGCACUUCAUGGUGCCCCCAAGGAACAGAUGGAGAUUGUGGAGAUUCCAUUAUCGGAGACCCCGCUCUUUACUACCUGCUGCUCCAUAACAGGUGCCCUGCUGGUGGCCUGCGCAAAGACCCUGGUGCUGUUUGGCCUGAAGCGACAGCCGCUUACCGAUCAACUUGACGCGCUUGACUUUGAGAGGCUCCUCAUCCUGUAUGUUUCUGGCUUGAGCCCAUUGCAGGUGGCACUCUGUAGUGGGUACGUUGCUUUGCAGACAGAGCUAGAGGUGCUGGUGGUGAAGCUGGAGAAUCUGGAAAUGAGAUGUGCAUUCGAUGAAGAGCAUAUGCAGAAGCAUGAUGAUGAUGAUAUGACUGCAGCAGGUGUACCCAACAAUGAUGUCAAAAAAGAACCCCAGAGUCCCCUUGACUCAGAUGACUUCUUUGUGUUCCCGAAGCAUCUGGAGAUACUGGGAGAUAAGGCAAAAGACUGUGGGGUGUCUCUGUCUUUAGAGUGGACUGGGAUGAACACCGAGGCGAAGGACAAUAUGGGAGUCACCUACAUAUUAUACAGGAGGUUUGCCCCAGAUUUCUUUCAGGGCUGCACUGUGGAGGAGACACGAUUACACUCCCUGCAGCUCCACCCAAUAUUCACUGGCAAUCCAGAUCUAAGCAGUGACACUAAAAAGAACGAUCCCGCCUGUAUGUUCUGCUUCUUUUCUCUGCCAAAUGCUGGUUACAUGUACAGCCUGAAGAACACAGUAGAGCUCAUCUCAACCUACCAGUACCCAGAAAAGGCUCUUCAGGCUUUGCUCUGCAACCAGUUUCUAUAUGUCCUCACACGAAAUGCUCUGCAGUGUUUCUCUGUGAGGUGCAGUGCGGUGGUUGCUCGAGUCGAGGACCCAUACAUCGACACCACCAUGAAGGCCUGUCCUCCUUUCACUAUGGAAGUUUGUGCCCUACGUAUUCAGCUGUUCAUCGGCCUGAAGUCUCUGUGCCAUGAUAGAAAUCAGAUUGUGCUGCUCACAGCUGCUGACGUUGAGACUAAACAAGAGACAGAACGAUCGACUAAAAGAUCUCUCAAAUCAAAAGGGCAGAAAUCACUGGCAGGGAUUUUCCUAGCAGUAGGUAUAGAUCCGACCGCCAGCCCAGCCCUGGAGAGCUUCCUGUCCAGGUCUUUUCUAUCCAGGAAGACGUCUGUGUCGAAAGUAAAAGAGCCCAGCGAGAGCAGUCAUGGCUGGAACCUGUAUGUUAUAAGCACUGUGUCCACACUGCAGCUCUACAGGGAAAUGGUGGAUUACAGCAAACGAUACGAGCAGACGAGUCCGCUGUCUCAGGACUGCAUUCAUCUGCUGAGUGAAGCUCACCUGCUGCUCAGAUCCGCUCUGCUUAGUCCCUGUGCAGAUAGAGACGAGAUCCAGGAAGCUUUCCAGGAGAGUUGUGCCCAACUGGGAGACUGCUUCAGCAGGAUGGAUAAGCGGAAUUGUCACCUGGCUCUUCCGUACUACAAGAUGUCCGGGCUGUCGGUGACUGAGGUAAUCCAGAGAAACACGGAAAUACGUAGGGAUCCUGUUCCAAAUUAUGGGAAAGGAUUCCUCUUCUUCCUUAAGCAUUCUCUCUAUGAGGAAACCAUGGAAGAGCUCAGCGAAAAAACCGCAAACACAGUGUUGGAGAUCUUCAGCAAAGCCGAGCCAGGUCAGCUCCCAUAUGUAGUGAGCAGCUCGUUCAUGAAGAAUGCUAAUCCUGCCUGUGCACGUGCACACCUGGAGCAGCUGGAGCUCAGUGGUGCCCCAUCAGUCACAGUCACGCUGUGUAAGGCUGCUCAGGCACUGCGCUUAGGAGACCUGCACUACUACCAACAGCAGAUGGAUCGGCAUGCUGAGAUGCUGCAGGUGUAUGGCUUCAUAGAGGAGCCAAAGCUUCUUGUGCAUCUCAAAGGGAAGGAUGUGGUGCCCACUCAGUUGGCACAGCACCUACGGGACACUCAAGAUGGCCUGCUGGUGGCUGCCAUUGUGGCACUUCAUGAGAACAGCAAGGUCAAACUGAAAGAGGCUGAACUCUUCUUUCAGGAAUUGUGUAAGGACAGUACAGAGCCUCGAAGCAUUCCUCAGCUGCUGGUGGAUUUUUGGGAGGCUCUGCUCGUGGCAUCGUCUCAGGAAUCGAUUAUCCAGGAGCUGGCAUUCCAUCUCACCUCUUUAUAUAUCGAGCGCAACAUCAACAGGGCGCGAUCAGGCAUUAAAGCGCUUAAAUCAGCUGAGGACUUGAUUAACUCUUGCUCUCAUUAUGGACCACUGUCCCCAUGGUUGAGCCUUAUGACUCCUGCUCAAUUCAACAUUACACAUGACCACCAAGAAGAACUUCAGAAACUCCAGUCUCUGCUGUGUGGCCCCACUCUAGACGUGUCCUCCAUUAUACCUCUGCUGGAACAGCUACCAGAUGUGGAUAACGCCGACCUUAGCAUUCACGUGCUCUGUGCCACCAAACUGGGUCAACAUCAGCUUGCGAUUGACAAGUUAUUGGACCGCUGGCCGCAAGCUAUCAUCCCCUAUGCCAACCAUGAGUUACAUAGUGACAAAAUGGCUCUGUGGUGGCAGAAACUGUUUCCUGAGCUUUGUAAGAGGAUACGGCUUUCUUCAGAAGAUAACAUUGUUCUACUCACUGCUCUCAAAGAGACUCUGACAGUGUUAUCCAUGGAGCUGAGCCCAGUAGAGUUUUUGGACUUGUUACCUGACGAUGGUACAGCACACUUCUUCCUGCCUCAUCUUCUGAAAUGCAGCCAGAGGCAUCUCCUUACAUGAACUGCAGGACAGCAUUGUCAGGACUAUAAGCUAACACAUGGGAAUGGCAUCUUAUACUUGUGGGGAAGAUUGUGUGGAUCUUAUACAUUGUGAUUGAUUAUAUACAAUAAUAUUAACCAAGUAUGCAACACUAAAGAUAACAAAGUCUUCUCUGUAGAAUAUGAUUUCUGGACUAACACAAAAAAGGUUGUGGGUUUUGCACAAACCUGCUGCUGUUAGCAAAUAAAGUUCAGUCAUUUUUAACUAGAUGUUAUAAGCUGGUUUUAACUGGAUAUGGAUGAGUUGGGUUUUUUUUUGGUCUACAAUAUGUAAUAUUUGUACAAUUACAUUGUACACCUAAUAAUUGGGCUGAUUUAGCACACAUUAUUUCAUAUAGUUUGAAGCUAAGAUGCUAAGCGAAGUUUUUUCUUUUUUGCAUUUCAUAAAAACCUGUAGGUAAGCAUAUUUCCGUUUCUGAAAUACAAGAAAAAAAAUGUGUCAUGCUUCUGCACUGAGUUGCCUGAAGUUAAGGGUAACAGAUUAACUAUCCAAAUCAUGGUGUAUUUUAUUUUAUUUUUAUUUUUUGAUUCAGUGCUACAUAGUCAUAAAACACCCUCCUGAGCUCAUGAUGAUAAAUUUAACAUUGUAUCCAUGUGAGUUCAAGUAAGCACAAUUGUUAAAACAAUGAAAUUUAAAUACAUUAAGAACCACUUCUGUUUUUUCUUUUCUUUUCACAAAUUUAAGUGCUGUUUUCAGGAUUUCUCAGGUACGGUAUGGGAAUAUUUUAGCUUUAUAGGCUAAAACAAGACAUGACAAAACAUAUGCCUUGGUCGGUUGCCUUAACGGUUAGUACACACUGGAUUUAAAACAUCUUAUGACUGAUAGAUGUAAGUAUUUGCACUUUCUUUGCACUCAUCUGUACUUUAUCUAUUGUGUGCUGAUAAUUAAAAUGCUUUUGUUAAUGUU